GAAGCCGGGAGCGAUCAGUCGUGAACGAGCGAGCAUUGAAAUAUCUCGACAGAAUUUGCGAAAGCAAAAACUAAUAAGAGUGAGCGAGAAGAUAAGUCGUUGACGAAACAAUUUAAGAAUUUACAAAGAAAAACCAAACAUCGAAAAAUCAUCAUGUCUCUCAUUCCGUUGUUGUACUCGAACUGGUGGGAAGAUCUCGAACAUCCGCACAGUUUAUUGGACCAGCAUUUUGGACAUGGAAUCUAUCCGGACAAUUCGACUUAUACACAUCGAAGACAUCACCCAUCAUCGUACUUGAGUUUGCUGGCUCCAAGGUCGACGUCGGGGUUGACAUCGAGAUGCCCGGCCACAAGCAUGUACAUUCGACCUUGGGCAGAUUUGUUGCGUCAAGACCAAGGCGGAGUAUCGACCGUGAAAGCUGACAAAGAUUCGUUCCAAGUUUCUCUGGACGUUCAACAAUUUGCACCGGAGGAAAUCGAUGUUAAAGUGGUCGACAAGAUGAUCGUGGUCGAGGGUAAACACGAAGAGAAGCAGGACGAACAUGGGUGGAUCUCGCGACAAUUCUCACGACGCUACAUCGUACCCGAGCAGUGCGACAUCGAUCAGGUCGUCUCGAAACUCUCAUCCGACGGUGUUCUCUCGAUCACGGUACCGCGCAAAGAACUUCCCAAGGUCACCAACGAGAGGUCCAUCAAAAUCGAGCACACUGGAAAACCAGCGGUUCGUGAAAACGGUGAAGUCAAAUCUGUUAAAAACUCGGAAGCUGCCAAAGAAGCCGAGAAAUAAAAGUCUGAUUAUUUCCUAACAUUAUACUACUUUAAAUAUCUUCGUAUAAUACCUCGCUGACGCUUUUUUCACUAUUUCGACGAAACCUUAUAUUCAUGUUGACUCACUAUCUUAGAUUCAAUGUCAUUGCAUUUAUUAGAAACAAAAAUUAUCGAUUUAGCGAGCAUAAGAUGUCGAAACUUGUCUUUCUUUGUAUGUAAUAUGACGAAAAUAAAAUAAAAUUAUAAACAACGUAAAA